AUGCGGGUGUUCGGAGUCUUCUUAUUAUUGUGGGUAUCCUGCUCUGGCUACAAAUUUUUGGUCUACAACCCAAAAUUCGGCAGAAGUCAGGUGAUGUUCUUGGGCAAAAUUGCGGAUAUUUUAGCUCAAGGAAAUCACACUGUAGUAAGUCUGCAAAAAAUGAUUACUAAACGAAAUUUGGCUCUCAGAACUUGUUGAUGUUUUGUAGACUCAUGAAGAUGAUAUGCCAUAACUUUUCCUCGUUUAUCCUUUGAAUUCAGAUUAACUAUGUAACCGACAUCUCCUCAAGCUUCAACGACACUGGUUCCAAGAUUGCUGAGACAUGGUUCAGACCCAGAAAGUACGUCUCAGAUUACGAUAUUGGAUCGUUUCAUAUCGCCGCUUGGCUCGUGGAUUGGUCAAGUCUCAAUGUAUACGGGGUUAGUUCAAAAUUAAUGGUCACAUUUUUGCUGCCUUUCGACAUAAAAAUAUUGGUCGUUUCUGCAAAGCGUGGAAUAUAAAAAAUUUCAGAUGUUUGCGGAAAUAGGCCAGGAAUUUCGCCUUUCCUGUGAAGAUCAGCUAAAUGACACGGAAUUUCUUCACCGAUUAAAAGAGCAGAACUUCGACGUCGGCUUCAGCGAAUACUUUGACACUUGUGGCUUUCAAAUUUUCAAAAAGAUUGGCAUCAAGAAGCAUAUUCUUGUUUACUCGUCGGCAAUGCCGCAGUCCGAUGCGACAUGGUUUGGGGUGCCGGCGACGCCUUCGAUUACACCCGGUAAGGCACAUAGUUGCCCGCAAGAGUCGCAUCGCUAUCUGAAACGCAAGUUAAAAAUUUUUUUUAGAUAUCGGCUACGGCUAUACCCCCGAAAUGACAUUCUUUGAGCGAGUAAGCAACUACUUGACCUACAACUUCAAUAUGUAUCUUUUUCUCCCAGCAUUGUACGAAACCUCAAAGGCCUACAAAAACGUCUACGGAGAGGAGUUUGAUCAUAGAGUACGUCACUUUUUAGACCUCAAAAUCUUUCGAAAAUAUUCAGAAAGCCUUUGCCGAAAGCCAAUACUACUUUGUAAACACUGAUGAGCAUUUGGAUUUCCCACAAUUAAUUACGCACAAACGAGUGCACAUCGGCGGAUUGGGCAUGGAGAAUGGCGACCUGAAAGCGGAUCUUCCGAAGGUAGGCAAACUAAAACGAGUUUACGGUGCUUCAGGACAUGGAAGAGCAAAUUUCCAAGUUCAAAAAAGGAUUUAUCCUGGUCUCGUUUGGUACCGUCGCCGCCAGUUAUGCUAUGCCUGAAGGGCAUAAAAAGGCGUUUCUUGAGGCAUUCCAACAAUUCCCGGAGAUUUUAUUCAUCUGGAAAUAUGAAAGAGACGAUGACUUUGGAAAAGAAGUCAGAAAUCUGCAUAAAUCCACAUGGGUUCCACAGAGAAGUUUGCUGAGUAAGUUCUAGCAUUAGCAGUACUAAAUUGAACUUAAAAAAAUUAAAAUUUUGAAGUAAAUCUGAACCUUGCACCUUGAGCAAUUCCGUUUUUCCAGGUCAUCCGAGAGCCCUCGCUUUUCUGACUCAUUCCGGUCUGAACAGUGUCACCGAAGCCACAAAUGCCGGCGUUCCUAUGAUAAACAUCCCUCUGUUCGCCGACCAAAUGUACAACUCGGCUAUGGCCCUAACCAAGGGCAUUGGCUAUCGUGUGGACAAGUUCGGAAUCUCCAAAGACACACUCGCCAACGCGAUCCGAACUGUCGUCGAUGAUCCGGGGUACGUCGAAAAGAUGUGAGAAAUAAAAAAUUGCAGCUACAAACGACGGUCAAAGGAGCUAUCUCGAAUGAUACGCGCGAAGCCUAUGGGUCCCGAUGAGAGAAUCCGCAAAUACAGCGAAUUCGCCGCUGAAUUCGAUGUCGCAAGCAACCUCGAUAUUCACGGAAGAGAUGUCAAUUUCUUCGUGUUUUACUCGUUAGAUGUCAUUGCAUUCCUUCUAUCAAUAAUUGCUAUCGCUUUUUAUGGCAUUUACAGGAUGAUCACGCUAAUAUUCAGGCGACAAAAAAGGAAGACUGAGUGA